AUGGAUGCUGCUCUGCUCCUCAAUGUGGAGGGUGUCAAGAAGACCAUUCUGCAUGGGGGCACAGGGGAGCUCCCCAACUUCAUCACAGGCUCCCGAGUGACCUUUCAUUUCCGCACCAUGAAGUGCGAUGAGGAGCGCACGGUGAUCGAUGAUAGCAGGCCCGUGGGCCAGCCCAUGCAGAUCAUCAUUGGGAACAUGUUCAAGCUGGACGUGUGGGAGACGCUGCUGGCAUCCAUGCGGGUUGGCGAAGUAGCCGAGUUCUGGUGUGACACCAUUCACACCGGGGUCUACCCCAUGCUUUCCCGGAGCCUGCGGCAGGUGGCUGAAGGCAAGGACCCCACGGAAUGGCACGUGCACACAUGUGGGCUGGCCAACAUGUUCGCCUACCACACACUGGGCUAUGAGGACCUGGAUGAGCUGCAGAAGGACCCGCAGCCACUAAUCUUUGUCAUCGAGCUGCUGCAGGUGGAAGCCCCGAGCGAGUACCAGAGGGAAACGUGGAACCUGAACAACGAGGAGAGGAUGCAGGCUGUGCCCAUCCUCCACGGAGAGGGCAACCGGCUCUUUAAGCUGGGCCGCUACAACAAGGCAGCCGGCAAGUACCAGGAGGCCAUCGUUUGUCUGAGAAACCUGCAGACCAAGGAGAAGCCGUGGGAGGCGCAGUGGCUGAAGCUGGAGAAGAUGAUCAACACUCUGAUCCUCAACUACUGCCAGUGCCUACUCAAGAGAGAGGAGUUCUACGAGGUGCUGGAGCACACCAGCGACAUCCUGCGCCACCACCCAGGGAUCGUGAAGGCUUACUACUUGCGCGCGCGCGCUCACGCCGAGGUGUGGAACGCGGCCGAGGCCAAGGCGGACCUGGAGAAAGUGCUGGAACUGGAGCCGGCCAUGCGCAAGGCGGUGCAACGGGAGCUGCGGUUGCUGGAGAGCCGCCUGGCCGACCAGCAGGAGGAGGAGCGGCGGCGCUGCAGGAGCAUGCUGGGCUAG